AUGUCUAAAUCCGCUUUUCGUCUCAACUGGGAGACCGACCCAUCUCUUACCUCUACACUACUCAGUCUCAUCAAGUCCAACCCACUCUAUCAACAGGUUUUCUUCUCCACCUCAAUCGAACAAGUAAAAGACAAGUAUCUUGUCACUCAGAAGAUCUGUAUCGAAUUUUUCAAAGAUAGCGUGUGGAUGAAAGAUGCUGAGAGGAGGGGAUUGGUGAUGAAGACCGAGGGAGGAGAAUGGAAAGCUACGAAAAAAUGGGGUAGUAAUGUGGCUAAUCCAAUUACAUUCAGAGAUCUGCGAAAAAGGUUCGACGACGGUUGGUACAAGACCAAGUGUGGUAUCCUCCUUAAUUAUUCCAAGAUCGAAGACAUCCCUGAUCGACGUAAAAGAGGUAAAUCCUCUCUUGCCUGUCAAGAUCAGUAUCGAAUUUGA